AUUGCUUCCGCCAUUUUGAAUCAAACUAUUCUUAUUCUAGUCGGCUAGUCCCCAUAUACCAAAUCAAAAAACGAAGUAUUAGUUUAUAUUACCCUGGCACCUAGCUCUCACGCAUUGCUCUGCCACUGCCACCAACCUACUCGAACUUUCUUGGUUCUUCCAUCUCAUCUCCAAAACGGCUAUGGAAACCGACGCCGCCACCUCGCCAGAGCUAGCUCUUUCCGACACCGAUAUAUGUUGGGACAGAUUAGACAAGGGAAGGUUUCACAUCACUGGAGCUAUUCUCUUCACUGCUCAGUCAGCUUUAAUACAUCCAACAGCAGUCGUGAAGACAAGGAUGCAAGUGGCGGCGGGGAGUUCUGGAUUCUCACAUAUGACAGGACUAUCUGUUUUUAAGCAUAUACUAAAAAAUGACGGUAUUCCUGGCAUAUUUAGAGGCUUUGGCACAUCAGCAAUUGGAUCAUUGCCUGGCCGUGUGCUGGCUUUGACUUCACUUGAGGUAUCCAAAGAUAUGAUGCUCAAACACAUACAAGGUAUAGAUAUGCCAGAAGCAACUCGUGUUGGCAUUGCAAAUGGUGUUGCAGGGAUGGUGUCCAACCUAAUUUCAUGUGUAUACUUUGUGCCUCUGGAUGUGAUUUGCCAGAGACUGAUGGUUCAAGGGGUUCCUGGGAGUAAACUUUGCAAUGGCACAUUUGAUGUCAUACGUACAGUAAUGAAGGAUGAGGGUGUCCGCGGCAUGUAUAGAGGUUUCGGAUUAACAGCUGUUUAUCAAUCCCCUGCCUCUGCACUGUGGUGGGGUGCUUAUGCUACUGCUCAACAUAUUAUUUGGAGGAGUCUGGAUUAUAGUGAUGAUAUGGGAAAGAAACCAUCUCAUAUGGAGAUGGUUACAGUCCAAGCUACGGCUGGAAUGUUGGCUGGUGCUUGUUCUUCGGUUGUUACUACUCCAAUAGACACUGUGAAAACACGGCUUCAGGUAGGUUAUGGACGAGUAUGGGGUUGGGAGGCCGUCAGUAAUGAAGACGACAAAGAUACUCCUCCAAGAAGAGGGAUGGAGAGGGUUCUACAGAGGCUUUGGACCAAGGUUCCUUAAUAUGUCUUUCUAUGGAGUUACAAUGAUCGUAACUUACGAGCUUAUAAAGAGAUUAUCAGUGAAGCAGACGUGAGUACGUGCAUGGAAUGGAAGGACACAAGGUAACAGAUGAGAAUUGAAGAAUGCCAUAUGAUCAAGAAAUUAAGGACGUCUAACAUAUAUAUAGUAUUAUGUUACUGAAGAAGCUAAGCAGGUAUACACACAUACGUACUGGCCUUAUAUGGUAGCUAGCAAUGUCGUUUGAAUUCGA